UGAUUGUUGCUCCGCAACAUCUGAAUCAGCAGCUCCAAUGGCGACUGGAUUGGUCCGACGAGCAAUAGCUAGGGUUCAGUCGUCGGCUCCGGCGGCGAAACUGGUGAUAACCAGGGCCCACGCAUCGGAGGCCGAAGCCCAGCAAGCGGAACCUCAGGCCAAGAAGACUCACAGCCUGAAGACCUUCCAAAUCUACCGAUGGAACCCGGACAACCCCCAAAAGCCGGAGCUCAAAGAUUACCACAUCGACCUGAAGGAGUGUGGGCCCAUGGUGUUGGACGCCCUGAUUAAGAUCAAGAACGAGAUCGACCCAUCCCUGACCUUCCGCAGGUCUUGCCGGGAAGGGAUCUGUGGGUCCUGCGCCAUGAACAUCGACGGCUGCAAUGGCUUGGCUUGCUUGACUAAGAUUGAUUCUGAUGGGUCGUCUGGCACCACAAUCACGCCGCUUCCCCAUAUGUUUGUGAUUAAGGAUUUGGUGGUGGACAUGACCAACUUCUAUAAUCAGUACAAGUCCAUUGAGCCGUGGCUGAAGAGGAAGAGCUCCCCGCCCACGCCCGGGAAGGAGAUACCACAGUCCAAGAGGGAUAGGGCUAAGCUGGAUGGGAUGUAUGAAUGCAUUCUGUGUGCCUGCUGUAGCACUUCCUGCCCCAGUUACUGGUGGAACCCUGAGUCCUAUCUCGGCCCUGCAGCCCUCCUCCACGCCAACCGUUGGAUAAUGGACAGUCGUGAUGAAUACACCAAAGAACGUCUGGAUGCAGUGAACGAUGAGUUCAAGCUUUAUCGAUGCCAUACAAUUUUGAAUUGUGCCAGGGCCUGCCCAAAAGGACUGAAUCCUGGGAAGCAAAUCCAAAACAUCAAGAAACUUGAGCUUCUUGGUUCUUGAAAUGUAGAAAACAUAGUAUAUCUGUGCUGAUCUCUCCUGAGAUUAUUUUGAGGGACUCAGCUGAAGUUGUUUGAGAAAUAAUUCGAUGUGCAGUGUUUGUAAUAAUCUGCCAAUUCAAUUAGAUGUGCAUUGUACUUCAAACAUAGGAAGAUCUUUGUUUCAAAUAAAAAUUUUUUGUGUGGAACCACUAUAUCUCAUGUUAAACCGGUAUGUUUUCUGUCAUUUUCUUUUCCAAUACACUUUUUGCUUCUCUGUUGA